CUCCGGCUCCGGACGAUGCGGCGCUUACGAUGCUGCGGCGCCUGGUAGUGCUGCUGACCGCGCUCCUCGGCCUGCGCCUCGGCCUGGGCGCGCACGGGACAGAAUUGCCCAGCCCUCCGUCUGUGUGGUUUGAAGCAGAAUUUUUCCUCCAUAUCCUCCGCUGGACCUCCAUCCCAAAUCAGUCCGAAAGUACCUACUAUGAAGUGGAGAUCCAGAGGUAUGGAAUAGAGUUCUGGAAGGUCAUCCCCAGCUGUAGCCAGGCCCUGGCGCUAUCCUGUGAUCUCACCACGGUGACCCUGGACUUGUACCACAACAAUGGUUACCGGGCCAAAGUCCGGGCAGUGGAUGGCAGCCGGCACUCCAACUGGACCUUUGCCAACACCCGCUUCACUGUGGAUGAAGUGACUCUGACAGUUGGCCAUGUGAAACUAGAGAGGUACAAGGGUUCCAUCCUCGGGACCAUCCAGCCCCCCAGGCCCAAGAUGGCCCCCGCAGGCGACACGUACGAAAGCAUCUUCAGUCACUUCCGCGAGUACGAGAUUGCUAUUCGCAAGGUGCCAGGGCAAUACAAGUUCACAAACAAGAAAGUAAAACAUGAAAAUUUCAGCCUCCCCACCGCAGGAGAGGUGGGAGAGUUCUGUGUCAAGGUGAAACCAUCUGUCAGCUCCCGAACUAACAAAGGGCUAUGGUCCAAAGAGGAGUGCAUCUUCCUCAGCAGGCAGUAUUUCACCGUGACCCACUUCGUUAUCUUCUCUGCCUUCGUCCUGCUGCUCUGCGUAGCCCUGGCCUACUGCCUGGCCCUCCACCUGUACGUGCGGCGCCGGGGGAAGCUGCCCUCUGUCCUGGUCUUCAAGAAACCCAGCCCCUUCUUCCUCGUCACCCAGCUUCCCUGCCCAGAGACCAAAGACACCAUCCACCCCCUCAAUGAGGAGGCCCUCCCGAAGGUGUCCCCAGAGCUAAAGAACUCGGAUCUGCACGGCAGCACAGACAGUGGCUUUGGCAGUACCAAGCCAUCCCUGCAGACGGAAGAGCCCCAGUUCCUCCUCCCUGUCCCCCACCCCCAGGCUGGUGGGACUCUAGGAAACGGGGAGCCCCCGGAGCUGGGGGACAGCUGCAGCAGUGGCAGCAGCAACAGCACAGACAGUGGGAUCUGCCUGCAGGAGCCCAGCCUGAACCCUGACACGGGGCCCACCUGGGAGCAGCAGGUGGAGGGCGACUGCAGGGGCCAGGACGACAGUGGCAUUGGCCUAGUCCAAAACUCUGAGGGGCAGCCUGGGGACACACAGCAUGGCUUAGCCUUGGGCCACGUCAGUCCCCUGCCACCUGAGAUGCCUGGGGAAGAAGACCCAGCCUCAGUGGCAUUCCAAGGCUACCUGAAGCAGACUAGAGGCACAGAAGAGAAGGCAACCAAGGCAGGCUGCCUGGAGGAAGAGUUCCCCUUGACAGAAGGUCUUGGCCCCAAAUUCAGGACGUGCCUGGAUGCUGAGGCAGGCUGGCCUCCACCAGCGCCGGCCAAGGGCUAUUUGAAACAAGAUCCCAUAGGAAUGACUCUGGCCCCCUCAGGAGCCCCAACUGGACCACAUAACCAGCCAACCGAGGAAUGGCUACUGCUGGGCUUGACCAGCUGCGGUGAAUUGGAAACAUGUGACUGGAGCUUACGCCAUGAUCUGGCCCCUCUGGACUGUAUGGCAGCCCCAGGCAGUAUCCUGGGGGGCUUCAACUCAGACCCCGUCACCCUACCACUGAUCUCCAGCCUGUACUCGAGUGACUCAGGCUAAGUAGCUGCUUUGAUUUCAGCCAUGCCUGCGCCCUGCCUGGACCAGAAGGAGGGGCCCCAGGAAUCAGCAAUGAAGCAUGAGGCAGUCUGGCACUGUUCUGCAAGCCCACUGGGGCCAGCCCUAGCUGGGCCCUGCAGGGCUGGCCAGGGUGUCUGGGGCAGAAAGAGGUCAUCUCACUGCACUGGUACAGGGAGUGUGGGUGGCAUUGGCUUGUUCUGCUGACUGGGGCCCUGCAGACGGGCAGAGCAGAGACAAAGAGGGAGAUCUCCCCGUCCCCUGGACUCCUUCCUGUAUUGUAAAGGAUGAUUUGCUCAGGGAAACUACGGGGUUUUCUGGAGUUAACGUGAGGCCACCAGGCUGAAGUCAGCUUAAUGUUCACCCUUUGGCCAGCCAAGUUCAGGGCCUCCAGCAAGAGGGAGGACUGAGAGGAUAGAAGCCUCAGGGCCUUGCUGCAGGGGUCAUUUCUAGGGGCAAAAGGAGUAGGCAGAGGCUGAGUUUGCUCUCUGGGAUGGUCACAUGGAGAAGCUUCCCUGCUGGCAGGCCUCUCAGGCAGGGAGCUUGGUCACCAGAAGGUCUUAAUGUAUAUCUUCCCUGGACAGUCAGUUAUCCAAUCAGUCUCAUCAUUAUGGAACCACAGGGGGACACAGGGAGCUGAGACCCUGAAUAGGUCAUCCAGCUCAGAACUGUCCCUCUAGUGGGGUAUCUCUGGUGUCCAUCUGCGGACAUCUCCCCUCUCUCCAGCAAGCAGGGCAACAUCCCCCUGGGACACUUGCUGUGGCCGAGUCACUCACAUCCCCACCCUGCUGCCUUACCCUCUUGCUGACGGCUCCAAGAAACCGUGGUUGUUUCUGUUGGUCAAAACUCAGCCCUUCAGGCAGCUUCUGGGCUUGGGCACCAGCUCAGGUCAGCCUCAGAGAGCCAGGGUUGGGACCUGCACUCGCAGACAGGGCACUGAGCUGGGGUCACUGUUCUCUCAGUGUUCAGCUUUGUGACCUUGGACCAUCUACUUGUCAGAGGGCCUCAGUUUCCCCAUCUAUGAAAUAUGGACUCCACCUACAGGGGGUCUUCCAUGCUGCAUGUUAGCCACGCUGGCCUCCAGAGUGACAUUUCUGACCCUGCCUGACUCUGGACUGGAAGGCAGUGGACUCCAGAAGCCAUCUUCCCAGAGCCAGCUUCUUUCUCCUGCCGAGGCUAACAGAUCUAGCAGGAGUCCAUGACAUCACACCAAGAGAGUACCAGUCCCUGGGCCCAGGAAGGGGGCAGGGUUGGGCCCUGUGUCCUGACAGUCCAUUUGGAAUCUGUCUUCAAGCAAAAGCAGUUCACAAUGCACAGGCACGGAAGCUGGGAGGGUCACCAGCCAGCCCGUGUGUGCCCUCCAGAGCUGUCUCUUCGCUGUGCGUUUCUGGGUCACAGUCUGCAAACAGACAUCCUGGCCCAGGGAAUCCAGCCUUGGCCCCUGUCCUACUGCCAAGACACCCUUACGUGCCAGCCUGAGAACUGAGCUCCCUCUGCAAGGGAGCAUUCCUCAGGGUCCCCUGAAGGCCUUAUUUAUUUAUUUUGUGCUUUUAUUUAUUGAAGAGGUAGCAUAGUACAGUGAAAGAACUCUGGGUAUCUCAGGAGCCCUGGAGUUCUAGUUCUCACUCUGCUAUUUCUAGCUGUGUGACCUUGGGCAAGUCACUUUUCCUCUCUGAG